AUGUCUCUAAUUUUAGCAUUUCUUUUAGAACAGGAAGGAAGUGGAGAUUGCAGCGAUGAUCACGCAACAGGAGCCGGUAGCUCCUCCAGUGGCAGUAGUGACAUUCCUCGAAAAAGGCCGAAAGGUCGAUUAGAUGAAAAAACCAGAAAGUUGCUGGAAGAUAGCAACUAUUUGCGGCGUUCUGCAAGGUCGAAACAAAAGGAUAGGGGCCGUAAAAGCAGCAGUCCCUCAGAGGAAGAUGAGAGCAAAAGUGAGGACUCAUCAUCUGAUUCUGAGGACUACAAGCGUAAAAGUCACAAGGCGGCUUCUCAGCAAAAAUCCAAGAAGGGCUCAACUUCGACUCGUUCUCGUGCAACGAAAUCUUCACGGUCAACAGUGGAUUAUACGGAAAAGGGAUCUGAUGAAGACAUUGAUGAAAAUGACGUUCUCGAAUGGGAAGAUGACAAGAAGUCGCCGUCUUCAGUAGCAGUCAACGCAGAAACCAUCGAGCGUGUGAUCAAAUCAAGAAUGGGAUCUGUUGGAGCUACUGGAUCGGCCACCACGUGCUAUAAUGUGGCAGAAAAAGGCGACCCGAAUGAUCCGUCAUCCGGAUCACUAGAGCAACAAUUCCUUAUC